AUAGCACGUUUGUUUACCCUGUCUACCCGUAUGUACAUACUCUGCACGUAAUGUUAACUUGUCACCAAAACGAAACCAACAUGGUCGAAAAUUAACUUUCAAACCCAGGGAAUAAUAAUGCCGCCACAGAACAGAGAUGACUAUGAAAGAUUGAAAGACGUAUCGAAUUUCUUUGCAUCUGGGCAACUGCGACAGGGCUGGCACCACUGGCAAGACUAUGUACACAGACGGAAUCUCCAAGUAGGAUAUGAAAAUCCAUUGCCAGAACCGACAUUGAAGAUUAGGUUUUUGGCAAGCGUGCUCUUCAUAGUGUGGGCCCUACAGACGAUUACCGGGAUCGCCAUUUCCUUAACUAUUGACGGAAUCGAAGAGGAUUUGAGACUUGAUGGACGAUUCCGGGAGUUUUAUGCCAUUCGGCGUGUGCUAGACCAUAUCAUGGCUAUAGUCUGUAUUUUCAAAAGGUUUUAGAAACGAUUUUAAAUUGUAGUUGUUUGCUGAUAUUACCUUUAUACAUUCCGAAUGUAUGUAUUGUAAAACUUUAACAGUGUAUAUAGAAACUGUCAUUUCAACGUUCGAAACUUAACUCGUUUGCUCCUUCAUAUAAAUUUAUGAUGUUAUUUAUUUAGUUGAGUAAAACUACUUUAAGUUUGAGUGUGAUUGGAAUCACCAUUGAUCUGUUCAUCCUUCUGUCUGUCUUCCUCUUCAUAAUUCUUAUUGAUGCCAUCGACCAUGCGUUCUCCAAGGAUGGGCCCUUCCAUGAAAUCUCUGCUGUGACAUCCUU